AUGGUCAAGUACAUGCUUGCUUUUUUCACUUUCAGGUUGCCAAACGGUGAUCCUUUCGUCUGUGAUUCAGCUGAUAAUAUCCACGAUCUUUGGAGACGCAUGGGGCAAACCGAAGGAAGUGCCAAUGUACACGCAUCAGAUGCGACCCAUAGCACAUCUUCAUCACACGGUUCUUCGCACCAUGGGCAUUUAAGAUACCAUCCGUCGCAUGCAAGCUCAGUGCGAGUUACUCAGCACUCCAGCUACUCUGGAGAGAGUCUUCGUGAGUCAUACUGGGUUUUACCCGGUACUGGGAGAUGGAAGGUAUCAGCAAAGAUUCAGCAACUAUUAAACACACUAAAACGCCCUAAGCGACGGCCGUUGCCAGAAUUUUACGUUGACGACGAAACAGAUUUGGAAGUUGCGGCCAAUUCUAAAGAUCCAAAUGCACCAAAACCUGAGGGGAAUACAAUGGCACCCAUUGUCGGAGAGCCACUCGUAGUUCCGUCAGGAUUGCCACGCAAUUUGGAAGCUGCCUUGCAAAGAUAUGGUUCAGCUUCCUUCAAAGCGCCUGUUGCCACAGUUCUGGAUGCGGGAAAUAAGUUGAGCAACACUCUGAGUUAUGGAAAAUUAUUGAGUCGAUCUCAAAGGGUUGCGUACGCAUUGCUCAAUUAUGGUACAAGCAAAACCAGCGAGAAUGUUUCAAUCCGAGCAGGGGACCGUGUUGCAUUGGUGUUUCCGAAUUCUGACCCAUUGGGAUUCCUGUGCGCAUUUUACGGAUGCCUGCAAUCUGGCAUUGUGCCAGUGCCCAUCGAAGUACCGCUGUCACGGCGAGAUGCUGGUUCACAACAGAUCGGAUUUUUGCUCGGCAACUGUGGCGUGUCACUCGCUUUGACUUCCGAAGCUUGCUUGAAAGGCUUGCCUAAAUCAGCGACUGGUGAAAUUGUGAGCUUCAAGGGCUGGCCGAAACUUACUUGGCAAGCUGCUGAAAACCUCCCGAAACCCCCGAAAGAUUGGGUUCCGCCUCCGAGAAUCGCUGACGAUGCCGCUGCAUAUGUUGAAUAUGUCACGGACAAAGAUGGAUCGGUCAUGGGAGUCACAGUCACGCGAAACUCGAUGCUUCAGCAUUGUAGAACAUUAACAGCUGCGUGCAAUUACACGGAAGGGGAAGUGAUGGUGUGUGUUCUGGAUUUCAAGAAGGAUGUAGGAUUGUGGCAUAGUGUUCUCUGUAGUGUUUUCAAUGGAAUGCACGUCAUCUUUGUUCCGUACGCAUUAAUGAAAGUCAAUCCAGCCUCAUGGAUGCAGAUGAUCACGAAAUUCAAAGCAAGUAUUGCUGUUGUGAAAAGCAGAGAUCUGCAUUGGGGUCUAUUGGCGACGAAAGAUCACCGAGAAGUAAAUUUGUCGUCAUUGAGGUUGUUGUUGGUGGCAGAUGGCGCAAAUCCCUGGUCACUUUCGUCGUGUGAUCAGUUCCUUUCAGUUUUCCAAACAAAAGGACUCCGACCCGACGUCAUAUGCCCCACCGCAACAUCUCCGCAAGCUCUCACAGUCUCUAUAAGAAGGCCAGGAAGAGCGGGCGUGAAUGCUACAGGUCGCGGUGUUCUGUCAAUGGCUGGUCUGAGUUACGGCGUUGUUCGAGUUGAUCAGGAGAACUCGUUGACGUCCCUGACCUUACAGGAUUGCGGCCAGGUCCUACCAGAAGCUGUCAUAGUUGUUGUCAAGCUGGACGGACCGCCACACCUAUGCAAAACUGACGAAGUUGGCGAGCUUUGCAUUCAUUCAGGCGUUACGGGGCGAGAGUUUUGGGGACUUCCCGGUCUAACAAACAGUGUUUUCAAGGUUCAGCCUUUGGGUUCUGCUGAAGAAGGGCGAAAGCCAGUCUCAGUGGAAGUAACGCCAGCUGCCGGAGAACAACCCGUUUCCUCUACUGAGUCAAAUUUUGUACGUUCUGGGCUUCUUGGAUUUCUUGGACCGGGCGGACUUGUUUUCGUGUGCGGUUCUCGGGAUGGGCUCAUGAUGGUGAGUGGUCGAAGGCACAACACGGAUGAUAUCAUCGCCACGGUCCUCGCUGUGGAACCCAUGAAGUUCAUUUACCGGGGUCGCAUUGCUGUCUUCUCCAUCCGGGUUUUGAGAGAUGAACGGAUUUGUGUGAUCGCGGAACAAAGACCGGACUGUACUGAAGAAGAGAGUUUCCAAUGGAUGUCGAGAGUCCUGCAAGCAGUCGACUCGAUCCAUCAAGUUGGCAUUUACUGCUUAGUCUUAGUUCCUCCGAAUCACCUACCAAAAACACCUUUGGGAGGCAUUCAUUUGUCCGAAACGAAGAGAAGAUUUUUACAAGGCAGUUUACAUCCUGCGAAUGUGUUGAUGUGUCCGCACACUUGCGUUACGAAUCUUCCUAAACCACGGGAAGUUCAUUCAGACAUCGGACCUGCCUCCGUUAUGGUUGGAAAUAUCGUGCAAGGAAAUCGACUUGCGACUGCAUGUGGACGAGAUCUCGGACCCGAUGAUGAUCCGGAUGGUUCGAAGAAGUUCAUUGCGGAAGUGUUGCGAUGGAGGAGUCAAGUGACAGCAGAUCACGUGCUGUUCACAUUGCUGAACUCGAAAGGCGGCGUGAGUGCAACAAUGACGUGUUCCCAGCUGCACAAACGAGCGGAGCGUGUAGCGAUGUUGCUGGUUGAAAAGGGAAAAAUCAAUACAGGGGAUCACGUGGCCUUGAUAUUUCCCCCAGGGUUGGAUCUCAUAGCGGCAUUUUACGGUGCCUUGUACGUCGGCGCUGUUCCCGUCACUAUCCGACCUCCACAUCCUCAAAACUUGCAGACAACUUUACCCACAGUUCGGAUGACGGUAGAUGUCAGCAAAUCAGUGUUGAUUUUAUCCACUGCUACUGUCAUCAAACUUCUACGAUCAAAGGAAGCAAGUAACGUUGUUGACAUCAAAUCUUGGCCGAUGACUCUGGACACGGAAGAUAUGCCGAAGCGCAAACUGCCUGCACCUUAUCGACCACCAACACCGGAAAUGUUGGCGUAUUUGGAUUUCAGCGUGUCUACCACUGGUAUGCUGGCCGGGAUCAAGAUGUCUCACACAGCAGCCACGUCUCUUUGUCGUGCCAUGAAAUUACAAUGUGAACUGUAUCCCAGUCGGCAUAUUGCUCUGUGCUUGGAUCCCUACUGUGGCCUCGGAUUCAUUCUGUGGUGUUUAAGCAGUGUUUAUUCGGGCCACCACUCGAUCCUGAUUCCGCCGUCAGAGGUGGAAGUGAACCCGUCGCUGUGGUUGUGGACAGUGAGUCAGUGGAAGGUGCGUGACACAUUCUGCUCUUAUGGCGUCAUGGAGCUGUGCACAAAAGGCCUCGGCUCUUCCGUCAUGACUCUGAAGCAGAAGGGUCUCAACCUAGCCUGUGUUCGCACCUGCGUUGUGGUGGCUGAAGAACGCCCGCGCAUCCCGCUCACCAACUCGUUUUCCAAACUCUUCUCGGCCCUGGGCCUGUCGCCGAGGGCUGUGUCCACGUCGUUUGGCUGUCGUGUGAAUGUCGUCCUGUGCUUGCAGGGUGCUGCGAGUCCGGAUUCGACGACGGUGUACGUGGACUUGAGGGCUUUGCGCAAUGACCGCGUGACUCUCGUCGAGAAAGGUGCACCCAAUUCCAUUUGUCUGAUGGAAAGUGGGAAACUGUUGCCGGGGGUCAAAGUCAUUAUCGCAAACCCGGACACGAAGGGCCAUUGCGGAGAUUCGCAUCUCGGCGAAAUUUGGGUGCAAUCGCCGCACAAUUCGAGCGGCUACUUCACUAUUUUUGGGGACGAGAAUGCUCACACUGAUCAUUUUUCAGCGCGUCUAGUCACUGGAAAUACUGCUGAGGUUUAUGCUCGCACAGGUUAUUUGGGUUUCUUACGUCGCACGGAAAGCAUCCAGGCAGAUGGUGAGCUCCAUGACGCUGUAUUUGUUGUUGGGUCUUUGGAUGAGACGAUAAUGUUGAGAGGAAUGCGAUUCCAUCCCAUUGACAUUGAAAGCACAGUCCUUCGCUGUCAUAAGAAAAUCUCCGAUGCGGUGUUCACAUGGACAAACCUGCUGGUCGUCGUAGUGGAACUGGACGGGUCGGAAAGCGAAGCCCUUGACCUGGUGCCACUAGUUACGAACGGAGUCGUUGAAGAACACCAGCUAAUUGUCGGUGUCGUCGUGGUCGUUGAUCCUGGCGUGGUACCCAUCAACUCACGCGGCGAGAAGCAACGUAUGCAUCUGAGGGACGGCUUCCUUGCCGACCAGCUCGAUCCAAUCUACGUCGCCUACAACAUGUGAGGGAGAAAUCGGCUCCGGAAACGGUCGGUUUUUUUUUUUUUUUUUUUACUUUUCUCACCGGGAAUCAAACGAUUGAUUGAGUGGAUUUGAUUGACCUGUCAUUUAUGGACAGAGCAUUUUUUAGCUGCUUUGCCAUCAUCACAAUCGACUCCUCGUUAGUUGAGAAUCUUGAGAUACGAUGUGUGUGAAGUCUCCUUCACGGUGAAUACUCAAAAGGUUUUUUUUCUCUCUUGUGUCGGGGGUUUUUCUCAUUCGUUAAUCAUAUCUUGAUGCGCGACUCAAAGAUGCUCUCUGGAGACGCUGUGUGCUCGUUGUCAAUCAACAAUACCCUUUUUGUGGUUAAGGACUCUCUUACUGAAUGUAUCCUGAGAACUCGAUCGGUUGAGUGUCGAAGAACAUGUUUUUUCGGGAAGAUAAAUUGGUCUGCUCAGGAAUUACAAGUGGAAAGCAGGCGUUAAUGGACAUCUGUGGAGUCUCAAGGUGGUGGUUGAAUUUUCGGGAAAUGAAAGACUUACUGAGGUUCAACUCCGUAUUGAUGCAAUUUGACGUCCGAUGUCUUUGAAACGGCAUGAAUCGUGCGUGGAAGGAAAACGGUUCCGUAUGAGCACAAUUUUUCAUUAAGUUUUUCAAUUAACUUGGUUUUGUGUACCUGCUCGGAAAAGAGAUGCGAUUUAUGUGAACAGGGUGAAAUGCGGAGGUAUUUGCAGAACCGGGAGGGAAUGUAAUCGGCAUUCGUCUCUCGACCUGUUCAGGAAAAACGGUGUUCGCUUUCUUUUCUUCCUUUUUUUUUUCGAAAUGCCAGGACAAAUUUUUCUGGUGCAACGAAAUUGCCUUUUUCCUUGUAGUGAUGGGUGGUGACGUGACAAUGUUCGUAAUAUUCGUCGUGAUCUAGGAUGUGAGAAAUAGUUUGGUUGAUAUCCACCCCGGUUUUUUUUCCCGCGCACCGGGUUAAGCGCUCUUUGAAUGUCAUGAAGUGCGGUUUUGUUUUGUGUCGUAAAAUCUUGUAGGUUACCCGAAAGCUUCCCUCUUAUGUAUGUCAAACUGCCUCUGUUAUUCUUCAGUGUGUCAUUUUUUUCUGUGUGCACGCGAGUUUGCGCACUCCGUAAAUCGGUCUUGCUGUCGUCGAAAUAGCGUUUCCUAGUUGGGAGACUCCGCUUCUUUGAUAGAACGCGUGCAGAAUGUGUAUCCAGUCAAGUUCGCGUCUUCGUUGAGUGUUUCUCGUAAUUUCGUCGCCGUAUUUUUGAGCAACCGCCUUUUCCGCACGGAUCAUCGAACGGAAUCCUGGACUUCGGUUCCUUCGAGUAAAAUCGGAUUCACAAACUGUCUUCGGUGUUAGAAGCGUUUACAAAAUGCCGAGUAGCAUUUUUACGGAAAGAUUUUAUGAAAAAAUUAAGGAUAUCUUACUUCGAAGGCAGUUUUUUUGGCGAUGACUUUUGAAGGAAAAAAAUACAUUAAAACAGUUCGCUCUGCGGAGACGGGAGUUUCGCGGAUACACCUGUGUUUUAUCUGCACGCCCCAGAAGUGUUCGAAAGGAUCGUAUUUACGGUAUGUCCAGCGGAAGAUGAGAAAACAUUUUGGAACAUUCCAGUGUUUCACCUUCAACUUCGCUCUCCCGAUAUAACCGCAUCGUUUUGGUUUUCCCAUGAGUCACAUGUGAUCCUUAUGAAAUGGAAUUCGAUUGAUUUUUUGUGUUUCUGCCUUGAAGGACUCCGAAGGCAUUGUAUUCGAAUCCAAGUGACAUGAAUCCUGACGGCUCAAUUUCCCCGGUUUUUUUGGCGUUAGCUCUACAAUUUUAUUUGAAUUAAUAGACGGAAGGAUCGAAAGAAACGUGUAAGAUUUUUAUUUUGAGUUCUUUUUGACGUUUUUUUUUUAGUUGAAACUCGAGGUGAUGGCGGGACGUCGUCUCUUUUAUUUCGAAAUUUUAAUCAGUAACAGAUCGAGUCAUUUGUGUUGGCCAUUAGAAGCGUGAAGCUGAUGGUUCGCGCAUCUUUUAGCUGAUUGUGGUGGGGAGGAGUUAUUUGUGUAUUUUAUUGCUUUGUUGACAGAUCUUAUGGAUUCCGGGCGAUGCAUUAGCCUUGGCGUAAUGAAAUAUAGGAAUUGAUUGCUCUGA